UGGGCUUCAAAUUGGAAUCAAAGUUCUCAGAAAAUACCCCAACCGGCGUAGUGAUCAUCGGAGGCACUUGUCGCCGCCGUCUGCAUAAAUUCCGAAUAAAUCUUGUUGGAAUCUUGAAAAGGUCUGUUUGGAUAGGGUUUUGGAGAGCAUCUUCUCGUACUAUUUGGUGUCUUUAGCGACAACACUAAUUCCAGUCCAGAUCCCACCCAAAUCAAUUCAAUGACCCUCACUUCUCCCUCAUUUACCUCCCUCAGCCGCCGACACCGCGGAGCACCUCAAUUACUGUGAAGGAGGUCGGCGUCCGGCGUUCUUCAGAGACAGACGGAGAACUGUUUAAUGGAUUUUUCCAGGGCAUGAAGAUAUAAGAAAAGGCAAACAAUUACAAGAUGGUGAUUAGAAUGUAUCCCAACUUAUGGAAUGUUCAUGUCCAUGCUUCAUAUUAUAAUCACCGUUUCCUGCGGGGAUUUGCUUUGUGGUCAAUGAGGAAAGAACCAGAGCUUGAAUCAGCUUUAUCUCGAAACCGAAGAUGGAUUGUAAAUAAUCAAAUCAAGAACAUCAUACUCCGAUGCCCUUCUCAAGUGACACCUAUUGAUUUUCUACAGAAAAAGUUCAAAGAUCUUGAUCUUCAAGGCAAGGCUCUUAACUGGCUUAAGAAGUAUCCAUGUUGCUUCGAAGUAUAUCAUGAGAAUGAUAAGUAUUUCUGUAGAUUGACAAAGCCGAUGAAAUUUUUAGUUGACGAAGAAGAAUUCGUUAAAGAAUCACAGCAACCAGUUUUCGCAGAGCGCUUAGCAAAGUUGCUGAUGAUGAGCAGAAACCAUAGAUUAAAUGUUUCGAAAGUGAAUGAGUUGAAAAGAUGUUUUGGAUUUCCCGAUGAUUAUUUGCUCAGGAUUGUGCCAAAGUAUUCUGAUAUGUUUCGAGUUGUCAACUCUACCGGGAGGCGAAGUUCCAUGGAAAUUGAGCUUACAUCCUGGAAUCCCGAUUUUGCAGUUUCUGCUAUCGAGAUGCUAGCCAAAAACGAGGGCCGUGAUCCGUCCUUUUCUUGUUCAUUGCCGGCUACAUGGGUAAAAUCAUGGGAGAGAUUUCGAGAGUUCAAUUCAAGUCCAUACAUAUCUCCCUAUGCAAAAUUUGGGGGAUUGGUGGAGGGAUCGGUUGAAAUGGACAAAAGAACAGUGGCUUUGGUGCACGAACUUCUGUCGCUAACUUUGUGGAAGAAAGUCUCUAUUGUCAAGUUAGGUCAUUUUAGAAGAGAAUUUUACUUGCCGGAGAAAUUAAAUGUGUUGUUGCUCAAGCAUCCCGGUAUCUUUUAUGUUUCGAACAAAUACCAAAUUUAUACGGUUCUUCUUAGAGAAGGCUACAAUGGUAGUGAUUUGAUUGUAAAGGAUCCGCUUGUUGUUGUGAAGGAGAAAUUUGGGGAAUUGAUGCAGGGCGGGCUUCAUGAAUACAAUCGGAGGCACUAUUUAAUGAACUUAGAAAAGAAGAAGAAGAAGAAGGAUCAUAUUGGAGUUAGACCAGAGGGAAGGAAGAGAAGCAACGACGAAGCUUCUGAACAUGACGAGGCGAUAAGCAUUUUCAAUGCUGAAGAAAGGAAACGGUUUUACAAAGUUCUCCUUGAUGAUGAUGGUGCAAAAUGAGCUUGGGAUGGCUUCAUUGUUCUUGGAGAUUUGCAGAAUGAAAAAUCUUGGUAAUUAUUAAUGUUUUCGAUCCAUUUCUUUGCUUACUAUUAUAUCAGAAUCUUUUUUAUGCACAGAAUCAUUGACAAAACUGUUCAAUUUGUUCUCACUGGCUAUCCCUGUUGCUUCUUGAUCAAAUUUGUAUAAAAUGUGCAGUUUCUAUUGUUAAACCUGGUUGUUGUUUCUAUGGUUACAUUAUGGUUCCAAGUUCUGUAAGCAAAUAAUAACCAUAUAAUCUUACUUUAUGUUGUAAACUUCACACAACGAUCUACUCUUUUAUCUUCGUUUUA